GGUAAACUCACCGUUUGCUUGAGGGGCAACAAAUUUUUCAAGGCGUCUGUGUACAACCACUAUACAGAUUUGUUUCCGUUGAUUCGUGAAGUCCGUGACAAAGAAGGCAAGCAUGCUGCGGUGAUAGUCUCUGACAACGGCCCUGACUGGAAGAAGAACAGCCUUAAAGUAGUCAUGACAAUGGGCCGUUUAUGGCGGGAUCUGCACCUAGACUAUUUUUGCAUUCUUGGAUAUGCGCCCGGUGAUAGUCGAUACAAUAUGAUCGAACAUUGUUGGGCACCAGUGACCACUUGGUUGACAGGUCUGCAGUUGUCGGACACCAUUCCUGGGGAGGACAAGAAUCCUGAAGCCCAAUCCAAAUUGUCAGAGGAGGACCGCGCCAGAAAGAAUGCAACUGUUUUGGACAAUGCAAUCAGAGAUGUCCACAAGUGUCUUGAUGGCAAGAUGUAUGAUUCAUUCAAAGUUACGGCAGUGGCAAUGGAUUCUUCAUCAACGCAUCACUAUUCAGAUGAGGCCAAGGUGGAAGAAUUGUCUGACGCCAGUGUGAAAAAGAUCAAGGCAGACAUUGUCCUGACAGAACUUGCGGCAGAAUAUAAGUUUCUUGCCUCGCAUUCGGUGCAGCGGACCUACCAGUUGGAAUUCGUCAAAUGUCAAGAUAGUCAGUGCCACCACUGUAGCAACCAUCCUGUGCGCGCCAAAAAACUUCUCACCUUCCUUCGUGAAUUUGGAGGUGGGCAUGGUUUUACGCCUGUUCCAUCAGACAAGGUCCCUGGACAUUUCUUCACGUGGCAAGAAAUGGCUUCAAAGGCUGUGACAGGAAAACUCAAGAUUCCAGCUCUAGAUGAAGGAGUACACUCACCAAUCAACGGAGAGAGGGUUUGCCAGGCGGGAUGCAAGAAAGUCUUUGUGAGCGCAGCAGAUCGAGAUCGCCAUAAUCGUCUCAUGCACAAACUUUGAGAAAGUCACCAGCAUCGAAAACAAAAACCAAACGGUUCUUUUCAGAACCACACAUUUUCACAAAAGAGAUAGAUCCAGCAUCUGAAUCUGAUCGAUGAUUGAAUAAAUAAAACAAUUCAUGCCCUCUCCCUUCAUUCCCAUUCAUUCCCACCCUUCAACCCUUCCAUUUUUUCCCUUUCCCUUGCGUCAA